UUUGCACAAGACGACAACUACACCUACACCUACCUGAAAACACAGACGAUGGAGGUUAGGUGAUUGUUUUUUUUUGGUAAGUUGGUUAGGUGUCAUAGGUGAUAGUUCAAGAGGGAGAGAGAGGGAGAGAAUGAGGUUCUUUCCUAAGAAUCUCCGCUCAUUUUACGCAUUUUAAAAUCAUCAGGAGUUGGCGUAUGUUUUCAUCUCUCUAAAGUCAAAAAAACCUUUUACUCUCUCUAGGGUUUUAGAGCUCGUUUCAGUUUCGGGAAUAUGGCCUCCUCUUCUCUGAUCAGAUCUUCAACUCCAGCCAUCGAUGUCUCACCUCCGGCCUCUCUAUUCCGUCACGCCGGUCAAUCCAAGCUGUUCUCUGUUAGCUUCAAUCGCUAUCAGAAUUAUUCCAAGUGUUUUGGUUCUGUUGUUCCUGGCAAGUCAUCUUUCUCACAGAAAUGUGAUGCUAGGACUUUGCAGUCGAUCAAAGCAACUGCUACCGAAAUUCCUCCAACAGUUCCGAAAUUGCAAAGCAGUGGAAAGGCGAAGGUUGGGAUCAAUGGUUUUGGUCGGAUUGGCAGGUUGGUUUUACGGAUAGCAAGCUCUAGAGAUGACAUUGAUGUUAUUGCUGUCAAUGAUCCUUUUGUUGAUGCUAAGUACAUGGCUUACAUGUUAAAGUAUGAUUCUACACAUGGAGUCUUCAAGGGAACCAUCAAGGUCCUGGAUGAGUCCACUUUGGUUAUCAAUGGGAAGCAGAUUAAAGUUUCAAGCAUAAGAGACCCUGCAGAUAUCCCGUGGGGUGACUAUGGGGCUGAGUAUGUAGUUGAAUCUUCUGGGGUUUUCACAACAAUUGAUAAAGCUUCAGCACACAAGAAGGGUGGUGCCAAGAAGGUCGUGAUAUCCGCACCCUCAGCUGAUGCACCGAUGUUUGUGAUUGGAGUAAAUGAGAGUGCAUACAAGCCAGACAUGGAUGUUGUUUCUAAUGCAAGCUGUACUACUAAUUGCCUCGCUCCUCUUGUCAAGGUUGUCCAUGAGGAGUUUGGCAUUUUAGAGGGUUUAAUGACAACAGUGCAUGCAACCACAGCUACACAAAAGACGGUAGAUGGCCCUUCGAUGAAGGAUUGGCGAGGUGGCCGCGGGGCUGCACAAAAUAUCAUCCCCAGUUCAACAGGUGCCGCAAAGGCUGUUGGAAAAGUCCUUCCGGAGCUUAAUGGCAAGCUCACGGGAAUGGCCUUCCGUGUCCCAACUCCUAAUGUUUCUGUUGUGGACUUGACUUGUCGACUUGAGAAGAGUGCUUCUUAUGAAGAUGUCAAAGCAGCCAUCAAGAAUGCCUCAGAGGGGCCACUGUUAGGCAUUCUUGGAUACACCGAUGAAGAUGUCGUCUCCAAUGAUUUUCUUGGCGACUCAAGGUCAAGUAUAUUCGACGCAAAAGCUGGGAUAGGUUUGAGUGCCUCAUUCAUGAAGCUUGUUUCCUGGUACGACAAUGAGUGGGGUUAUAGCAACCGAGUGUUGGACCUGAUAGAACACAUGGCAUUGGUGGCUGCUAACAACUAAGCAUACAGGGAGAUGGCUGCCAUUGCGUUUACAGUUCUUUUUGUAGCAUUCAUGAGUUUGGUGGUUAGAAUAGUGUGUUUGUCAUUUUGUGAGCUCACAAGUUCCUGAAGGGAACAAAAAAUAAGGCUACUAAGAUUGUAAUGACCUCAUUUCAGUGACACUUUCGAACCAGUCACUACAUCUUUUGUCAUAACCUAGUAUUGUGCAGACCUAAGAAUCUGCAUCGGAAAGCUCAUAUGGCAGGUCUCCUCCAUGUUAUCGUGAA